GGCCAGCAUCACUUGGAGUCCACAGACACAGCGCUGAUUGAAGGAGCGGAGGGGAGCUCAUUUUCAGAGCGCAUGAUUGUGUUAGAGGGGGCUUCACUAGACUGUCACCAGAGAGAGACAGUAAAGCCACUUCAACCACGCCUUUAAGAGUAAAUAAUCCACAACAGAGGAGACUGGGUUAUGUAGGAUUUUUUUUGUCAUGCCCAACUAGCCUUUCUUGAGUUUUUCAAAGGAAAAGUGCUUUUAUUUUCAUCUUUUGGAAGCAGGGGGGGAGGGACUCAGUGGAACCGAGCAGCGGUGAGAUCCAGCUGCCCGCUUUCUCCGUGCGUAAAAUAAAAGUUUAACACACCGAGGAGAUUAUUUGAGAGGUCUUGGUGCUCGACAAACUCCACAUUCUACUCUCCGGGAAUUGUUUUUUUAAAACAGCUCACACCGGACGCCCGCUGGAGGAGGAUAUAUAACUUUUCGACACGUUUCUUUAUUUUUCUGGAGAGGCUGGGAGGUGGGUUGGUUCUAACGGAGAGCGGAGGAAAUUCCUCUUCGCUGAGCCGGGAGGAGUGCGCACAGCGCUGGGCAGCAGACUGACCCUAAGGACGGCACCUCGCAGACAAGGUUAUGACGGAACUGAGCUGAACAUGGAGCUUUUCUGGAUUUUGUUAUUUUCUAGUGUCUACCCUCUUGCCUGGGGCCAAGGAGUUUACGCUCCAGCCAAUGCCCAGAUCGUGCACUCAGGCGCAGCAUGUAACGUCAAGGAUGAUAACAUCAGUGAGAGAAUCUACACCAUCAAAGAAGGAGACACGCUAGUGCUUCAGUGUAUUGUCAAAGGACACCCACGACCACAGGUACGGUGGACGAAGACGGCAGGCAGUGCAUCAGACAAGUUCCAGGAAACAUCCAUCUACAAUGAGACGCUGCGCAUCGAGGGCAUCCAGAGGGUGCAGGGAGGUCGCUACUACUGCAAGGCCGACAAUGGGGUGGGGGUGGCUGCCAUCAAGUCCAUCCGCGUAGAUGUGCAAUACCUUGACACGCCAGUUCUGACGGUGCACCAGACCAUCAGCGAUGUGCGCGGCAGUUACUAUCAGGAGAAGACGGUGUUUCUGCGCUGCACCGUCAACUCCAACCCUCCCGCCCGAUUCAUCUGGAAACGUGGGAGCAUGCUCAUCGAGCAGAGCAAGGACAACGGAGUGGACAUCUAUGAGCCGCUUUACACUCAGGGUGAGACCAAGGUGCUGAAGCUGAAAAACCUAAGACCCAAGGACUUUGCUGAUUAUACCUGCCAGGUGUCUGUCCGCAAUGUGUGUAACAUCGAAGAUAAGUCGGUCACCUUCAGGCUCACAAAUACUACCAGUCCCCCGAUGAUCCGGCUGUCAGUCAACGACACGGUGGUGGUGGAUCCCGGGCAGGAUGUGCUCUUAACCUGCGAGGUGACUGGAGGUUUCCCCCCACCGACUGUGACGUGGUCGCGUUACCCCGGCCCCCUUCCCCUCAGCGCCCAAGUUCGAGGGCCGACGCUGAUCUUGAGGGCUGUCACGCCGGCCGAUGCGGGCUUCUACAACUGCACAGCCGUCAACAAUGUGGGCAACCCCGCUCGCAAGAACGUCAAUGUCAUUGUCAGGACCAUGAGCAACCUGACCUUCCAAAUUACACCGGACUCCAACAAGGACAGCGAGACCAUCCAAAUGGGUCGGGACCUCAAGCUGUCGUGCCACGUCGAUGCCACCCCACAGGACAAGGUCAACUACACCUGGUACAAGAACGGCGCACCUGUCUUCAACUCGGAUAGCCUGAUCUUGCUGCGCAGCGACCCUGACAUGGCACCCGGCACCAGUAGUUUGGAGAUCGUGGACAUGAAGUUCAGAGACUUGGCUACCUACAGCUGCAUGGCGAACUUUCCAGGCAGCAGGGUCCCGGAGCUCCGUGUAGAUGUCAACAUCUCUCAGAACAGUGUCUCUCCUCCAGUGCUGUCAGUUCCGGCAGGAGGUCAGGUGGUCAGUGUGCGAGAGGGGGGUAAUGCAGAGCUGGUGUGCUUGAUAGUGGAUGGCAAACCACGUCCACCUCUGCUUUGGUCACGGACAGAAAAGGACCUCCUGAUGCCAUCGGGGAAGCUGGUGGUGGAGACGCCCGAUGGCCGCUUGAGGCUGAAGAAUGUCACCCGGGACAUGAUGGGGGCGUACCGAUGCCAGACCGCUCCGUACAACGGGCUUAACAUCAAACGCAGAGAGGCGCAGAUCACUCUCAAUGUGCAGUAUCCUCCUAUAUUGGACCCAGUCUUCCAGGACGUGCGUUCUAGGAACUAUCAGAUGGUGACUUUGAGGUGUACAGUCCUCCGGUCCAACCCGCCACGUCUCAUGGACAUCCGCUGGUUCCGUAAUGGUGAUUUAAUCCGCAUGCCCAUGCCGGACCUGAAGGAGACACCAGAGCUCAAGUUUAAGCUGGAACCAACCAACAAUGGCACUUAUGAGUGCCGAGUCAGCAAUACUGCAGGAACAUCAUCAUGCAUGUUUAAUGUCUCUGCACAACCCUACAAUGCAGAGUUUUACUUUGACACACCCAACCCAGUCCGGAUUCUGAAAGGAAACAACUAUUCCUACAAUCUGCAGUGGACACAGAAAGAUCCUGAGGCCACAGACCGUAUCAUAGGUUACUGGAUUAAUGUACGAAAGAAUAAGCAGAACCUAUUGUCGAAGCAGAUUGACCUCAAGGGUAAGGAGCCAGAGAAGGGUGUGCUGAUGUCCUACACCAUAUCAGACCUGAGAAUCCCUCUGUCCUACGAGGUCCGACUGGCCCCCAUCACCACCUACAGCACUGGGGACUAUAUCAGUCGAAUCAUCCAGUACUCAGAACCCUACACCUACCCAAGGCCUUCAGACCAUGUGUGUGGUUUUGAGGAUGAGCGGAUCUGUGGUUUCUCUCAAGACCGGAGUGACAUCUUUGACUGGACAAGACAGAAUCACCUGACGCAGAAUCCCAAGCGAUCUGCCAAUACCGGCCCUGAGACUGACCGCAGUGGAACCAAGGAGGGUUACUACAUGUACAUCGAAGCGUCACGGCCACGUGUUCAGGGAGACAAGGCUCGUCUGCUGUCUCCACUUUUUAAUGUGACCUCAGUUAGGGGCCCCAAGGGCUCUGGCAGAGUACCAUACUGUGUCUCUUUCUACUACCACAUGAAGGGCAAGCACAUUGGCACUCUCAAUGUGCUUCUGAGAGUGAGAAGCAUUGCCUCUGUGGAUUCUGUGAUAUGGACCAAGUCUGGUCAUCAAGGCCCGGACUGGAAGAAAGCGUUCUUUGACAUCAGCCCCAGCGGACCCUUCCAGAUUGUGUUUGAAGGAAUUCGAGGCCCGAGUUUCGAGGGGGACAUUGCCAUUGAUGACGUGUCCAUCACCUUAGGGAAGUGCAAACAGGAGAACACUGUAGCCAGCGCAGGUAAGACAGUUCUGAUUGGUGGAUCGCACUCGCUCCCAUUGGCCAGCUGGCUGACCUUUGGGCUCUCCUGCUUCCUGUCGCUACUCUACAGAUGAUGAGCACCUCCCACAGCACCUUCACCUGUCUGUGCCGACAGACACUGCCCUGACUCGCCCUCUUUUACUUCUCUCUCCACCCUUUCCCCCGUCCUUUCCUCUACUUAACCUGAUUUCCUCACCUGUCCGUCCUCGUCACUAGUUGUCUUUCUGUCCUUCAUGCAUCCAUUUCAUCCUUCUUGCUUAGAUAAAUGGUAAGACUAAGUCUUUGUCUAGUUUCUCUUCCUCUGCAUUCUUUGAACAUUUCCCCCUACCCCACCUGUCACUCAGUAUAACAAAUAUUUAAGAUGAGCAUAGUUAAUGAUCUUCGACAGUCGAACUUCACAUUCUCUCCUUAGUCACUCAGUUGGUCUGGUUAGAUUCACGUUAUCCAUGUCAGCGUGUCACUUUGUCACCUUUUCCUCCCCUCCAUCAACAUACCCCCCCCCCCUUUGUCGACACACUCUUGUGUAUCUCCACUCCCUCGAACCGCAGUCCUUGACGGCCCCCUCCACCCAAUUCCCGAGACACACCAAAGUGUCGGACACUCUACCAAAGAUGACAAAGGACCUGAGGGAAUAAAACGAGAGAAGAGGGAUUCCAGGAAGAAAGCGAAAGAGAGAUAGAAAGUGGGGAAGUCCUUUUUUUCCCCACAGAAACUGUCUCUCCUCCGUCCCGACCUCUGGGACCGUGGGAGCUACUGAAUGACAAAGAGACAGAUGGAAAACAAACUGAUGAAUGAAUGAAUAAAUAAACAAAUGGUGAGGAAAGGGCAAACCAGAAACAGAGGGAAAACGAAGGGUGCUCCUGCUAGCCUCUCUGCUUGCCCUCUGCUUGCCACAAGAGACGAACCUCAGUGCGGAUUAUACGUGUACAUUUAUCUAUAUAUAUUAAAUAUAACAAAGUUUAAACUAAAACACAAGUAGGACAGUGGAGGACUUUACAAAGUGAAAUUAAAGAAGCACAACGUUUAUACAACCUCUGCUGUUCCUUUGGGUUUUAUUCUACUUAUUAUGUGAUGUUGCAAUUUGUCAGACCUACUCAGUGUUUUUGAUAUUUUGCUUUUUCGUUUUGUUUUGUUUUAUGGCGUUACAAGGGUCAAGAGCAAUGGGUAAUAAAGUACUAUAUUAAUAUUUAUGAGAGGAAGAGACGAUGAUUUGUGAUCCAGAACCUGAAUUGAGCACGUUGGAGGAAAAUGCUGAGGGAAAGGAUGACCCAAGCCACCUGGAUAGAAACCUCAACUUUUCUUCGCACAAACAGUACAGUACUGGACACACACACACGCACACAUAUUCACCCAUGUGACGCAAACAAACGCACACUCGGUUUCCGCCCCGACAUCACAGUCUGGCUCUCAGCUCACCCUCUGCCUCAAACAUGUCUCAUCUGCUGAGUGACACAGGAGGAAAAACCGCGGAUGGUAGAUGCACUUUUCAUAUUUCUGCUCCCUUUUCAUAAUCUUCCCUGUCACUGGGACGUCAUGACUCAGAUGUCUGGAGUGAUCAACCACAACAGAAUAGCUGGACAUGUCUCUAAUUAGGUGGUACCGGAGGCAGAAAAUAACCUGGGGUUCAGCUGAAUAUAUGAUCGGAGAGCACUUCUUCCUCCACAGGUUACUAAAUGUCGUGUGAAUUUCCCAUACACUUGCAAGUGAAAGAUGGAGAGAAGACUGGUGGGUGGCGCAGCGUGGAUUGCAUAUCAGAUUCUCUGUCAUUGUUUAAUUAACGUUGAAUGUCUGUAGUGUACACAAUUUUCAUAAUCACAUAGAUAUGAUUGUUAACGUUAAGCAAUACUCAUAUCUAUAGAUCUAUAUACAAUAGUUUAUGAUUGCAUUUAAGAUAGCGGAUCAGUCCGCAGACAAACCAUUUCAUCCAAAAUACAUCAUACUCUGUACUUCUCUCAUCAUUUAUCAGUUCUGAUUUAUAAUUACCAGUGUAUUCACCAUUCAUGCAGUUCACUAAAUGUCAGCUGUAGCCAUUGAAAUCAUUCAGGAGGUAGUGUGUCUGCAUAUUGCUGCAUCAUGCUUCACCUUAUCUCAACAAAACUCCACAAUCACACUGCUCCAGUGUCUUGAUAUGCUUGUGUAUGCUGAUCAUUACCAUGUGCAUUACAUGUGAAUUAGUCUUUUCAGCACCUCAUGACAGUGAUGUACUUUUGCCUGUGUCAUGUCAUGUUGAGUUUAUCAUUGCACUUGUUUUUUUUCUUUUCUUUUGUUGUUUUUUUUUUUUUUUCUUUAUUGUAGUGGGUACAAAUUGUAUUUGUAAUUGUUCAAUCAUUAAUAGUACAUAAUAUACAGAAAUGAUGUGCCUAUCUGACUUGCCCAGUACAGUAUCAUUGCCAGCUUUUAGGUCCCACAAAGGUGUGUAAGGCAUGGUGGACAAAUCUAUGAAAUGCCACAGAUAGUAGUGUAUUAUAAGAACAGAAGAAGCACCUUGAAACCUACUGCAAGCAAAUUAUUGCAAAAAAUAUUUUCUCUAUUUUUCUCUAUGUUAUCUCCGUCAUCAUUUCCCUUGGUCUCAUGAGAGCCCCUGAUGGCAGGUUGUACCUGAACUACUUCAGAGGAGAAUCUGAGUGACAUGCUUUCUUGUAAAUGUAUCUUGUUCAUUCUGCAGUCAUAUCCAGUGCUCUAAGGCAAAGCUUAACAUGUUUUCAGCUUUUUUAUAAUCUCUUCAAAAUGCCUCUGUCAUUGUCCCAAAAACACAGCAUAGCAAAAAGUGUUUUUAGGCAUUAAUUAUUGCCAUUCCUCCAGUUCCGCCUGCUUCUAUGGCUAAAGGAAUUGGCUAUAUGUGGUAUGUAUAAGAACUUAAGUUGUACAGUAUCAUAACAUUAUCCAGCACUAUAGCAGCACACUGUAGGUCAGUAUGUUACCCAUACUAAAUACAUUUAGAAACAUCAUUAGGCAUUGAUGUGCAUGGCAUUUCAUCAUGCUGACUGUCAAAUCAUUCCUCAUGUUGCCUCACAUUUCAAUGACUGGAAUAACAGGGACAAAACCAUUGUUAUUGCAUUUGGACAUGUGACAGCUACAAAUUAGUAGACACAGUACUGAGGAAAUCUUAAGAUAUGGUGCCUGUAACCUUUGUUUUAUUUCCAAAACUGACACACACACACACACACUGUGUUGGUUUUUUAUGACAAUUUAUAACUUAAGUUUAAAGGGGAAGACAUUAUAUUAUUGCACCCUGAGAACAGAAUAUCAAAGCAUAACAUACACAUGUGCAAAUACAAUUAAUCUGAUCCAUUGCUGAGCUUUUCUUUUAUCAUUGUGUUGACUAAUAAAGCAGCAAGCAUCA